UUUAUUUAACUUAUUACAAGUUAAGAUAAAUAACAAUGUACGUUUUAUGGCUUGUUGGUAUCUUUGCGAUCGUUGUAUCUGUUUCUGGUCACGGGAAGCGGUGGACUGCACCAGGGCAACAUCUAAAGGGUGUAAGCUGCCGAAAGGUUAAAGAGGCAAAUUUGUGCCAUUCUUGCUGCAAGGACCCCUGUGAAUCGGUUGAAUGUCUAAACGGUGGUAAAUGUGUGAGAGGUAUAUGUGAAUGCACCUGUGGAUAUUCUGGACCAGAUUGUGGCGUUGAUUCUUGUAACAACAGAUGUUUGAACAAUGCAACAUGUAACAAUGGUAUAUGUGAUUGCCCUCCAAUGUUUAGUGGAGAAGAUUGUGUAACUAAGCUAGAACCCGUUGAUCUGUGUGAGAAUAUCACAUGUGUCAAUAACAGCCAGUGUAUCUCUGGUAUUUGUAAAUGUACCCCUGGUUACGUUGGAGAUAAUUGUGAUGUCAAUUUAUGUGAAAUAACAGACUGUCCCCGUGACACAACACUUUGUGUACCAAUCCUUGCACCUGGUGGAUACACAUGUAGUUGUGUUAGAAGAGAUGAGUUCCCUUCAAGGAGUCCUUGCUCUGCAAGGUCAAUCAUUACAACAAUAAAGACCUAUGGCAACAAUCUGAAUGUUACAACCCCUAUACCUGGAGUUCCUGAUAAAAGCAUCACCAUUUCAUUCAUUGAUGAUUUUCAAUUACAUGCUCCCAAUGAUUACCUAGAGAUUGAAGGCACACGAUAUUCUGGCUUUACGACUCCAGCGGACAUCACGCUUUCACCUGGUACUGGUACCCAAGUACGCUUUGUUACCGACAACAGCGUAGGUUCUCGUGGUUACAGAUUUACCUAUCAAUAUAUAGACACCGUAUCAGAUUCAAAUCCUUGUAAAAACGGAGGAACGUUUAGUGCACAAGAGACCUGUAAUUGUAUGGCAGGUUUUGAGGGAACCAAUUGUGAAUUUCCACCAAUAAUAAUACCACCUAUUAAUUACGCCGCCGCCAGUAGGGUAUUGUUCACUCUACCUGGUUUUCCAGAGAAAGAUCUUGUCCUUACGUUUGCUGAUGAGUUUAGUAUUGAAACUACGGAUGGUAAUUGUGAUGAUAUUCUUAGAAACGAAUGUAUGGAAGAUUAUGUGGAGAUAGAAGGAACAAAAUAUUGUGGAGGCGUGGCACCGGAACCUAUUACAAUACCAACAGGUAACGGAACAACAGUACGUUUUGUGAGUAAUGAGGAUGGACAGUGCCCGAUAGGUUUUAAACUCACCUAUGUCUAUAGAGACCCAUAGUCAUUUUAAGAUAAAACCAGAAAUUAUUGUUUGUGAAUUUAAUGGUAUUAUUUGAUUGAAGGACAUGUCACCAGAACAGUUGUGUUAACCAAGCAG